CCAAACACCUCGCUCUCUCUCACUCUUCGCUUUGCGGAAUAUCUCUUUGCCUCAUCAUGACUCUGGAAGAAGUGCAGAUCCAGGCCGCCUCUCCCUGCACCGGCCAGGCGCUGGUGGACGUGCUGGAGACGGCCAAAGACAACAACUGCCUGACCGUGGGCGUGUACGAGUGCGCCAAAGUCAUGAACCUAGACCCGGACAGCGUGUCCUUCUGCGUCCUGGCUAUGGACGAGCAGUUCCAGUGGGACGUGGCUCUGCAGAUCCACUUCACUCUCAUCCAGUCCUUCUGCUUCGACAACGACAUCAGCAUCGUGCGCGUGAGCGACCGCCAGCGUCUGCACGAGCUGGUGGGGCGCAAAGAGGAGGAGGCGCACUGCGUCCUGAUCACGGGGCCGUGCGAGGGCUCCUGGGACGACCCGUCUCUGGAGAAGCUGCGUGUGUUCUGUGAGGAGAGCCGCGCCCUCAACGACUGGCUGCCCGAGAUCAGCCUGCCCGCGCGCUGAGCUCUAACCCUGAUGCCCUACCCUGGUCUACAGGCUGUUUAUCUCUGCUCCUGAUAUCAUCAGGAUGUCUGCUCAUACUCCUCUGAGGAGGACGCCCCACGCACGCACGGCGCCCGGUCCGAGCUCGUGCACGUGGCCUCGUGCACGCGCGCGCCACACGCCCCGGUUCUUUCUGUGAGCCGGGCGGCGCCGCGGGCCACACUGACCCUCAUUCUUUGUGCGGAUGAGGUUUGGAGAGAAAGGAGAAGCCCCGUCUCGAC